UUUUGAAUGUUAUUUUUUUUUUUUUCAUAUUUUAUUUCAUCAAGAUGAGGAAUAAACAUUUGGAUCAAGUUUUUAAUUGGAAUACGAAUGCUCUAUAAAGUAAGUACGAAUUACUACGUCCGGAAACAGAAAGCGAAAAUGUAACAACAGCCUCUCGCUCGAAAUUCUUCUAUCUAUCAUUAUAUCUUUUCCUAUUUCUACUUCUACUUUCUGUUUUCAUAUAGCUCUAUAUAUCUUCUACCAACUAACGUAUUAUUGUAUUACAUCUUCUCAAAAAGUGAAAUAUUUCCUAUUUAUUACCAUAUCAAAGCGACUAUGCAAAGACUUGGUAGAAGUUAAGAGACACGUAAUUGCUCUCAUAUUUCCUUCAACCUGCUUUCAAUUCCUUCUGUCACUGUCUCGAUACCUUUUUAUAUAUCAAAAGAAUUCUGUUAACGAAGAUGAUUUGAUCGAUUCUUCGUUGAGAUGAUAGGCGUGAAUUUUGAUUCGAUUUCAUAAUGUUUUUAGCUUUUAAGAAACGAUUGUCUAAACACAAAUGUCUGUUUUUAAAGCUGCAAGCUUUUCUUAUUGAAAAAAGGAGCCUUUUAAGGUUAAUAGACAAAUUUGUUGUUUUGGAAUAGUAUAAGAGCGAGAGAACGAGAGAAAGAGAGAGAGAGAAAGAAUAAGAAGCUUAAAUCGUCGACUAUCAAAGCGACGAUAUGUCGACGAUCAACCCUGAAAUAACGGUGAGAAGACCAGUUUAUCAACAGGACGAGCUUAAUCACUUGUGUAAAUAUGCCAAACCGAAUGAAGCACUUUUGAAGAAUAUCUCGAUUAGAUGCAAGAAAAUGAAGCCGAUGAAAAUUCUAAAGACUACUAUACCUCUUAUUGACUGGCUGUCAACGUACAAUUGGAAGAAUGAUAUAUUAGGUGAUAUUGUUGCUGGAAUUACUGUGGCAGUGAUGCAUAUUCCUCAAGGAAUGGCGUAUGCAAUAUUGGGUAACGUGCCACCGAUCAUUGGUAUUUAUAUGGCAUUCUUUCCGGUUCUUGUUUAUCUCUUUCUCGGCACCUCAAGGCACAAUUCUAUGGGUACUUUCGCAUUGAUAUGCAUGAUGACAGGAAAAGUGGUAGCAACUUACAGCACUCAAGGUCAAAUAAACAAAAACUCUACGACAGAGAACGAGUUACUAACCUCAACAAGUAGUCAAUAUUCUUCCGUGCAAGUUGCCACUGCGGUCACUUUCACCGUGGCCUUGAUUCAGUUGAUAAUGUAUCUGUUGCGAUUGGGAGUGAUCGCAGCGCUUCUGGCGGACAGUUUGGUGAGUGGAUUCAUCACUUCUGCAGCAGUUCAUGUAUUUACGUCACAGCUGAAAGAUUUGUUAGGAUUAAAGAAUAUUCCUAGGCGCAAGGGACCUUUCAAAUUAAUCCUUAGUUACGUGGAUUUGCUCAACAACUUUCCAUCCAUCAAUGGGAUCGCUUUCUUGGUGUCUUGCGCCACCAUUUUGAUUCUCAUCGUCAACAAUGCCUUCAAGCCAAGAUUCGCAAAACUCAGCCCCUUCCCAAUCCCCAUAGAAAUGCUGGUAGUCGUUAUAGGCACAGUCCUCUCCGUCUACCUGAAUCUUGCAGACGUUUAUGGAAUUGCAGUAGUUGGCGACAUACCAGUUGGUUUACCAGUUCCAACCUUGCCACCAUUAUCCUUAGUGCCGAACAUUCUGAUAGACAGCUUUGUGAUCACCAUGGUAUCUUACACCAUAUCCAUGUCCAUGGCGCUCAUUUUCGCGCAGAAGUUGAGCUAUGAAGUGGACUCGAAUCAGGAACUAAUGGCACAGGGAAUUGGAAAUCUAGUUGGAUCCUUCUUCUCUUGCAUGCCAUUCACAGCUUCGCUCUCUAGAUCCCUGAUUCAGCAAACUGUCGGUGGACGAACUCAACUGGCUAGCUUGAUAUCCUGUGGUAUCCUGGUUAGCGUUUUACUGUGGAUCGGCCCCUUCUUCGAGCCUCUUCCACGGUGCGUUCUAGCCAGCAUCAUCGUGGUGGCUCUAAAGGGGAUGCUGAUGAAGGUGACAGAGUUCAAAAGAUUCUGGAAGCUGGACAAGAUUGACGGGAUCAUUUGGGCCGUGACAUUCACGACAGUGAUCCUGUUGGACGUGGAGUACGGCCUCCUGAUCGGGAUCGUGUUCUGCGUUGGCAAAUUGAUCUUCUUCUCCGUUCACCCUUACACCUGUUCGCUCGCUCUAGUGCCUGGUACCGAGCUUUAUCUGGAUACCAACAGAUAUAAAGGCACCGUCGAGUUGCCGGGCAUAAGGAUAUUCCAUUACUCGGGUAGUUUGAAUUUCGCUUGCCGACAGCACUUCCGCGACGAAGUGUACAAAGUUGCCGGCCAAGUACCAAGAAAAGAGCCGAAUGGAGGCUUUAAGCACGAUCAAUUGAAGGAAGUUAAGAAGUUGAGGGCCCUAAUACUGGAUCUUAGCGCUCUCAGUCACAUAGAUCUGGCAGGUGCAUCUAGCCUAGGACAUCUGAUCAACGAAUACUGUGAAAUUGAUAUACCCGUCUACGUGGCAGGAUGUUCUGGACCUGUAUACGAGAUGAUGAGAAAGUGCAACCUGUUAGAAUACAAAAGCGGCCUGUUCGCCGCCUUCCCCACCGUAGCUGACGCUGUGCAUUUUGCAAAAUGUAACACCGAGUCGUCGUCCAUGCCAGCAUGGAGCUCUUCAAUGUACGAGGAUACUGUUGUCGCAAGGCUUUGAUUGGGAAUACUAAUCGCGAUUGUAUGCGACAAAUUUCAUUCAUGGUUCCCAGG